AUGUCGUACCUUGCUCGCACUUUCACACCGCUGCGAACGGUUAGCCGAUCCGUUGCUUCAAGACCGGUCGCAACAUUCCACACCUCUUCAACGUGUCGGGCAUUGAGUGAAGCCGAUCAUGACAACAAAGACCACCCCGAGCGAGCGAGUAACAUCGAGCGCCACAAGUCCGACAGCGUCGACAAAGCCAAGACGGGUAAAGGCGAAUGGAAGCCUGAGCUGGCCUCGUCUAGUGAGCAAGCUAUCAAUGGAGACAAGGAGAACAAGACGAUAGAACAGAUGCAGAAAGAGAGUGCCAAAAAAGCCGAAGAGGGCAAGAACCCUUCGGGCAGCUGA